CAACGUGAGUUCUGUUCAGCGUGGUCUUCCUCUCUAAUCACUCCGUAUCAGAUAUCAGCGUGGUUCGGAUCUUCUGGGUUUCAAUAAAAGAAGCAAACCUGUUGCGCCAACGGAGGCAAAGAGUCAUCUAACAGAGAAGCCCUAAACAGUCAUAGAAGAAUACUGCACCGGUAGAAGUAAACAACCAGUUCAAAGAGGGCUCAACAGUAACAUGUAUAUCCAGCCGAGGCACUUGUCCAAAAUGUUGACAAGCUAUGAAAGGUUAAAGCAGAAAAAAUGGAUCAAAACUUAGUACAAUUGAAGGCUGCUGGAGUCAAGAAUGUGCCAAAGUUUUUGUUGGGCUUAAAUCAAAGUGCCAACAUUAAAGUUAAUGAUAAGGAAGAAGUUGACAUUGGGCGUGCAGUUGAGGGUGAUGAAGACAUCGUACUAUUUGAUGGCGAAAAAAGUUUGUGUUCUAAUAAUGACAAUGAUGAUCCUUCAGGGUCUAAAACAAAUGAGGUGAAUGGUACAGGUCCAAGAAAUAAGAAGGAUUGUUCUAGUGCACAACCUCUGAGAAAAUCACAAAGAACUCAAGAACAGGGUGGCAGUACCCAGGGAGCAACCCAAGCUCAGCAGCUUCCCACAUCACCUACUGAACAACCUGACAUGUUUUGCAGCCCACAUACGGUUGUUGGUUGUGUGGAAACUCCUGCAAGCCCUUCAAGAACGUCACAAAAUCUCAAGCGCAAAAGAGGCCCUACCAAGCUGAAAACCAUUGCUAUAGAUGGAAGUAGUCGGAUUGAAGUUAGGGAAUGGUGA